AUGGUCACAGACAUUGUAACCCCUCGAUAUCCGCCGCCGCCGGUUGAAUCUGACCUUCGUGGUCGCCGAAAGACAACCCUCGCCAAGAUCGUCGCCGCGCUCUCCGCACUCUCCGCAUCACCAGCCGCGCGCGCGUUCCCCUUUACCAGCACAACCACCGAGCGCAACAGAAGAACGCCCAUGGUUGCCCAUGUCGCUUCGGGCCGGUUCUCCGCAGCAAGAAACAAACGAAGACUGGAGAGUUCGGCGCCCCGUUGCGCAGGCAGCUCCCCCUUUCACACCACCCCCGAACCCCCGAAAUGGAAUCCUCACGAUAGCGAUGUCGACCGGCCCAACCACCGAAAGGCCCCGCCGCCGAGGGGUGGUCUACGUAUUUCAAUGUCAACUUCCCGAUUGCAUAACAGACGGCCCAGGACGCAGGAAUCGCCGGACCGCCGACAAGACGUCCAUGUCCAUGUCAAUGCCCAUGGCCUGCCGCUGCCCCGUUUCCCUUCGAAUGGCCCGGCCGAUGAUGAUGCUCCACGGUCUAGUGUCAACUCCAAUUUCACUUCACGGUCCAGCAUUGAACAAACGAGUGGUACUGAGCGUAGCAGUGUACUCACGAAGAGCAGCUCCAUCACGGAUCUAUCGCCCGACACACCCUGCGCUCCCUAUGGAAUGGACGAAGGCAUGAGUGUGGAAGAUGCGAUCUCCAUGUAUCUUGACGGCUUCAGUGAUGUGACAGAGGAGCCCGCCUCGCCUAAGUCUCGGGCAGAUAGCAAGGCGCCGUCGAUCACCCCUCCACCAUCGCGGGAUACGACUUUUGAAGAGCCCCCUCCUCCAAUUCGGACAUCGCUGGACGAUAUUCCGCCUAUCCCUCCCCUACCACCAACGGAGUUCUCGGAACCUGCCCCUUUGGAACAUAUACCAUCCGACUUCUAUCUUCUCGGACGCAGUGCCCUGGAUCCCGUGGUUGUAGAAUCUCCACCAGAAACGCCGUGGCCUAUGCCCAAUCCAUUGGAACAGGUACAAUUUGAGGAAGCUCAUCCAGAGGUUGUGGUUUCCGAAGCAGCGCCUACGUCACCAUCACUCCCGCCUCAGCCGCCAUCACCACCACCACCUCCACCACCUCAAUUCCAAUCAUCACCUACUCCUCAGUCGCCUCGUCAGCGACAGCCGUCCAAAAUUACAAUACCCGGUCCCGUCCCUCCUCCGCUCAGUUCUGGAACUGACACGCGGGAUGACUAUGGCUUUCGCAAAGCGACACAAUACGUCACCUUGGAACAAUACGAAGCCUGGAAAGGUCCCUACUCCAACUAUGCGGCCCAACGGCGCGCCAAAUGGCACGACGUCAUGAAAGAGAAUGGGUUGCCAACUGCCGAUGUCACUACUUUCCCGGCAAAGUCCAACAAAAUGAAGCGUUUUGUACGAAAGGGCAUCCCUUCGGAGUUUCGAGGUGCGGCUUGGUUCUGGUAUGCUGGCGGGUACGAGCUCUUGAACCGCAAUCUUGGUUUAUAUGACCAACUUGUCGAGAAGGUCAUGGCUUCACCUAGCAACGAUGAUAAAGAGCACAUUGAGCGGGAUCUUCAUCGUACCUUUCCGGAUAACCUCCACUUCAAACCAGACAUGACUGAUGCUGCCGGAAACUCUGGAAGUAGUAAUCCCCAGUAUCAGAAUGACACCAUGGAGACGUCGAUGAUUCAAUCCCUACGCCGGGUACUGUAUGCUUUUUCGCUUCACAACCCCAAGGUUGGCUACACACAAUCGUUGAAUUUCAUCACGGGCAUGUUUCUCCUUUUCCUCCCGGAGGAGAAGGCGUUCUGGAUGCUGCAUAUCGUGACCUCGGUUUACCUCCCAGGAACGCAUGAGAUCAGUCUCGAGGGCGCGAAUAUCGACCUUUGGAUUUUGAUGGUUCUCUUACGGGAUUCCAUGCCGGGCAUCUAUUCCAAGAUUGCCAGUAUGGAAGGAGCGCCGCCCACGAGGGGCAAACUGCCACCACUUACUGUGAAUUCCCGCCUGCCGGACAUCACUUUGGGGCUCACAAACUGGCUUAUGUCAGUUUUCAUUGGGACUUUACCUUUGGAGACCACACUACGAGUCUGGGACAUCUUUUUCUAUGAGGGUUCGAAAACAUUUUUCCGCGUCUCACUCGCCAUCUUCAAGGCAUGCGAGCGCGAUAUUCUCGCUGUUUCCGACCCCAUGGAGGUCUUCCAGGUGGUGCAAACCGUCCCGAAGAAGCUUUUGGAUGCCAACACCCUACUCGAAGAGUGUUUCGUUCGAAAGAACCGUGUCGGCCAAGGCCGGAUUGAAGAGCUGCGCGCUUCACGCCGGGUCGCUGUUCGACAAGAGAAGCUUCGCCGGUCGGUCGCUUUCAGCAAGGGCCAGAUCCCAUCCGCGACCGACGAUUUCACAGUCCGUUCUCAGGAACCAGACACCCCGAGUCGAGGAACGGGUAGUGCACUCCUGGCGUCAACUCAAGCAGCAUGCAUUCCGCUAGCCCCGUUGGCCUGCCAUUAA